AUGAGUAGACUACUCACUGCUGGGUUGCGGCCUCUCCCACGCCGGGCUACGGUUCUUCCCGUCAGAAACCUACAUCUACAUCGUCAAUCUACGGGUGGCCUCCUCCAAGCCGAUGCUGCGAUCCGAGCGACACGAAAACGAAUGUGGCAAGGCGGAAACAAUGCUUUCCACAAUGCAGUCACUACAAGGAAUGCCUCUUUUGCUAGGUUCUUGCCCAAACUUAUGGUCAAGUUCCUGAGGGUGCCAGCAAUGUUUGGCGGUGUGGCCAUCGGUGCUUUUGCCUGGGUACAAUACCAAGCAGCUCAGGCCGGCACAUUCGCGGUGAACCUAUUCAACACAACGACGGAUACCGUUUCGGGCGCCGCUUCGAGCAUAUUUGGCGGUGCCAAGGAUAUAGCUGAUCAAGUAAAUCGAGGAUGGGAAUCCACCAAAGAGAAAGCCGAACUGCCCGAUUGGGUCAAACAAAUUCUAAAACUUCAAGAAGAUAUUGGCACCGGUGGUUCAGGCGGUCCAGGCGGUGGUGAGCCGAAGCAGAGCAAGGUCGGUGCCGCAGCUGCUGUGGGUGCUACAGCUGCUGCUUAUGGCUACGACCAGUCGGACGAUGAGGAUCCUCGGAAUGUCGAACAGGUGGUUAAGGACGACCAGAUGAUGCUUCUUACCAAGAAGAUGAUCGAGAUUCGAACCAUUCUCCAGAAGGUUGGACAGUCAAGCACCUUGACCCUUCCCUCCAUCGUGGUUAUAGGAUCCCAGUCUUCUGGAAAGAGCUCCGUCUUGGAGGCUAUCGUUGGUCACGAAUUCCUUCCAAAGGGUUCCAACAUGGUUACAAGGAGGCCAAUUGAGCUGACUCUCGUCAACACACCAUCUGCCAAGGAAGAGUAUGGCGAGUUUCCUGACCUUGGACUGAAACACAUCACCGACUUCUCGUCAAUUCAACGAACUCUGACCGAACUCAACCUUGCUGUUCCCGACAGCCAGUGCGUCUCUGACGAUCCGAUUCAUCUAACAGUCUACUCACCAAACGUGCCCGACCUGUCACUUAUCGAUCUUCCCGGAUACAUUCAGGUUGUAGGACAAAAUCAGCCCCUGGAACUGAAGCAGAAAAUCUCCGAGCUUUGUGAUAAGUAUAUCCAGCCACCCAAUGUUAUCCUUGCCAUCUCUGCUGCCGAUGUGGAUUUAGCAAACUCAACUGCUCUCCGUGCAUCUCGCAGGGUUGAUCCCAGGGGUGAGCGAACAAUCGGUGUGGUUACCAAGAUGGACUUGGUUGAUCCUGUUCGUGGAGCAAACAUUUUGAAUGACCAACAGUAUCCCUUGAGACUCGGCUAUGUGGGUGUAAUUUCCAAGGCCCCUCAAAAUCAAGGACUUUUCAAGAUAGGCAACACCAACCGACUUGCCCAAAUUAACAAACAAGAGAAGACCUUUUUCGAUGCUCAUCCCCGGGAGUUCGGUCCCGGUGCUGAAGUCAGCGUUGGAACCAAGACGCUCCGCAAGAAGCUCAUGCAUGUUCUGGAACAAACAAUGUCUGGAAGCCUGCAAAGCACCAGCGAUGCUAUUCGACAAGAGCUUGAGGAGGCCACAUAUGAGUUCAAGGUUCAAUACAACGACCGCCCCCUUUCGGCCGAAUCUUAUCUUGCAGAGAGCUUGGAUGCCUUCAAGCACUCUUUCAAGCAAUUUGCCGAGGAGUUUGGCCGCCCCCAAAUGCAAGAGCUUCUAAAGCUAGAAUUAGAUCAGAAGGUCCUUGACUUGCUCGCAGCCAGGUAUUGGAACAAGCCCAUCGAAGAUCUCUCGCCAAUCAACCCCGAUCUAGAUAACCUGGCAGAUCUCCCCAAGGCCCCUGCCGACUCCCUUUACUGGAACCGACAGUUGGAUGCUUCUGCAUCCGCGCUCACAAAGCUCGGUGUUGGACGUUUGGCCACCACUGCGGUUGCCUCUUCUAUCCAGGCCCAUAUCGACUCCCUUAUUAGCAACUCCAGCUUCGCCAGCCACCCCUUCGCCCGUCAGGCUAUCUUGGAAUCUGCCGAAACAAUUCUCCGCGAGAGGUUUUACAGCACCAGUGACCAAGUGGAGAACUGUAUCAAACCCUACAAGUUCGAGAUUGAACUCGAAGACCGAGAGUGGACAAAGGGACGUGAUCACGUUGGUGGUGUGCUCAAGAAGGAGCUUCAGGACUGCGAGAGAGCCUUGAAAGGCCUCGAGGACAGUGUCGGUGGACGACGAAAGAUCAAAGACGUCAUGAACUACAUCGAUAAGGCCCGCAAGGGCGAAGUUGUCGUCGAGGGUGAUAACCGCAGUGGUGCCGGUGGCUUCAGCGCUGCUCUUUUGAGCAAGGGUCGUGAGGCUGUUUUUCUGCGUGACAGGGCCGACAUUAUCAAGAUGCGGCUACUUGCAGUCAAAUCCAAGCAGUGUGCUGAUCCUAACAACAAGUACUACUGCCCAGAGGUUUUCCUUGACGCCGCUGCAACCAAAAUGGCUUCUACUGCUGUCCUGUUCCUUAACGUGGAGCUUCUCUCAGAAUUUUACUAUAGCUUUCCUCGAGAAUUAGACCAUCGUCUUGGUCGCCACCUAUCUGACGAAGAGAUCGAGAAAUUUGCGAAGGAAGAUCCCAAGAUUCGCCGGCAUUUGGAAGUUAUCCGUCGCAAGGAAUUGCUUGAGCUAGUCCUUGAGAAGAUGGAGAGCCUACGGCAGCUCGAUGGCCGCGAACGCGAACGGACAAACCCUAACGCAAGGCGAGACCGCAAGCAAGGUGGUCGAUGGGGCCUAUUCUAA